AUGGCAAACCAAUUCUCCUUCUUCUUUGGUGUUGAGCUCGAGUUGCUCAUUUCCAGUCGCUCAAAGAGUCACAAGUCUUGGAUGUCAUUGGCAACUGAGGUCAGCACCAAGCUCAAGAAAGCUGGCAUACGCAAUCACAUCAAUGAGGGCUGUGAUAAGAGCACAGCGAAUUACACAGAAUGGUCCAUUGUCCAAGAAGUCACGGUACCGUCUCAGCCCGGAAAGAAUCUAUGGGGUAUUGAACUCGUUUCUCCGAUAUUUGAGCUUUCCAGCCCAUGGAGUGCUCACCUGUCGCUGAUAUACAAGACGCUCAAAAGUUCAUUCACACUGUCCAGUUCUGCCAAUACGUCGACUCAUGUUCACAUGUCCACAUCUCCGCCGCUGCCCACGAGUUGUCUCGGCACUCUUGCCAAAGCAAUCCUUUACUUUGAGCCCGGUCUAGACCUCUUGCUGCCAUCAUCCAGAGGCUCAUCGUACUGGUGUCAGUCAAACCACGAAAACACUACGCUGAAAAAUGUCCCACUCUUGGACUGUUUCACACAUAUGGACUAUUGCCACAGUCCGACCGAUAUCGCUGCCGCAAUGUGCUCCUUUCCGGCCAAGUCUGCCUAUGGUCAAGCCAACGGGUUUACCAGCAAUUUUGUCCAUGGCGUGUACAAAUGGGAUUUCUCCGGCCUGGUCGAUCCAGCCUUGUGUCUUACUUCUAACCAUUGCCCCAGCGGUACGAUCGAAUACCGGCAGUGUCCUGGAAGCAAAAGUGCCGAGGAGGCCCAUACUUGGCUCAUGCUAGCUCUCGGGUUCGUGGCGGGCGCUAUGGAAAGAGGGGACACGAUCGAUCCCCAGGCUCCUGUGGCCAUGGGCGACCUGUGGUGGACAGUCAGCUGCGGCCUUCAGGCCUUGCAGUUUGGUUCUGCAGAUUUGAGAGCAAUGGAGAAGCUUUUCUCGGGCAAGGGGAAAUAA